UAGGAUCAGCUGUUAUUUCUUAAGUGAUAAUAACGCGUUUACUCAAAGAUAUUUUUUAUAUCAAUCACACAUGUCUUUAAAAGCUCUAGUUGGAGUUAAAAGAGUAAUUGAUUAUGCUGUUAAAGUAAGAGUUAAAGCUGAUAAAACAGGAGUGGUCACAGAUGGUAUCAAACAUAGUAUGAACCCGUUUUGUGAAAUUGCUCUUGAAGAGGCCAUUAGAAUGAAAGAAAAGAAUUUAGUCAAAGAUGUAAUUGCAGUUUCUUGUGGUCCCACACAAUGCCUUGAAACAUUAAGGACUGCUUUAGCCAUGGGUGCGGAUAGAGCAAUCCAUGUUGAAAUCUCUCAAGAUAUAUAUAAUAAAAUGCAACCUUUGCAUGUAGCAAAAUUAUUAGCUAAAAUUGCUCAAAUUGAAAAACCAGACAUUAUAUUAGUUGGGAAACAAGCAAUAGAUGAUGAUGCUAAUCAAACUGCUCAAAUGAUUGCUGGUUUAUUAGACUGGCCACAGGCAACUUUUGCAUCUAAGAUAGAACCUGAUGGUGAUAAAAGGUUGAAAGUCAAGCGAGAAGUGGAUAGUGGUUUAGAAAACAUAUCAGUCAGUCUUCCAUGCGUAAUAAGUGCUGACUUAAGGCUCAAUGAACCUCGAUAUGCUACUUUACCUAAUAUAAUGAAAGCAAAGAAAAAGAAUAUAGAUAAAAAAACUCUCUCUGAUUUAGGAGUGGAUCUCAAAUGUGAUACCAUUGUGAUGAACAAAGUGGAAGAGCCUCCCACUAGGAAAGCAGGGAUAAAAGUUGAGACGGUACAAGAUCUGGUUGCAAAAUUGAAGGAAAUUGGAAGGAUUUGAAAAAAAUAAUAUAUAAUUUAUAUUCUUAAAAAAUUAUUUAUUUUUUAAAUAUUAAACAUUAUUUGAGGUAAUUGGGUUUCUCAUUUGCUUCGGAAUCGCAUUUAUAUGACUAUAAUAUUUAUAUUCUUAGUUUAUAUAAAAUUGUGAAAAAAUU